AAGGACGAUGACGAUCAAGUUCAUCACGGCAACGACAGAUUACACGCCGAUGAGAGCGUACGCGGUUUCGCUGUUUUCUCGCGAGAAUCGCGGACGAGACGGGAAUUUUCUCCUCGAGAGAAGUUCGGACUGAUACACGCGGUGCGCGCCUGGCGAUAAAGACUGACGAUCCGUGAGAAAUCUCAUGCGAACGACUGCGUAGACGAUGUCGUUAACGUUGCGGGAAUAGUAACGUCCUACGUGGCGGAAUUGAGAGAAUUACGGCACGAAUCGAGAAUAGCAAUGCACGGUCUUGGCAGAGCUUUUACCGUGGUGCAUUACAUAUGGAGUUAUGAUUCCGCGCUUGUUUCUCACGAAUAAGAUAGUACGAUGAUUGUACGAGCAACGGCACAUACGAUCCGACCUGGAGAAUGAACGGGGAAACUUUUUCGUCGUCCGUCGUCCGCCCCGCCGUUCGUUCCUCGUCGGUUUCGUCUCCACGCGAGAUUCUUAAAAUUCAACUCGCGUCCACCGUCUGAUUCGAAUCCGGUUUCAGUUGAACGCGUGCGACGAUGUUAUCGGUAGCUCGGAGAGCUCGUCGUUGGUGGACAUAUGUCGCGCAAGAGUCAGGGGGAAUCUCUCCUCCAGGGCGACGUUGCGUUAUCCGGCGCGUGGUUAAGCGAGAAAACACGGACGCGAGUUGUCGUUGGCAGAAUAUACGAUUUGACCUGAUUUCCAUUGAAUGUGUCUUUAUGCGGAGUCUGAGAUGAGGCCGCCGCGGGGGCCGGCGCGAUUGUCGGCAGCCGUUCGUUUGUUCCCAGUCCCGCGAGUCAAUAGAGAGAGAGAGUAAGAGAGGUGGCGAGGGACGUUUCGGUAUCGGUUUUCCGGUAUCGCCGCGCCGCUCCGCUCGCUCCGGAUGGGCCCGCACCUUUCCGCGCGCGCGGAGGAUACCGCACCAACAAGCUACUUUCCGCGGUUUUCCUACCACCCCUCCAUGCGUGCUAUCGCGCUAUCGAGCGGCAACGAAAAAACGUACACCCAUCUGUCGUUGCGCACGCUAAUGCCUCGAGAUAGAAGCGGAGGAGCCCAAGCAAUCGUACUUCCUCACGCAGUUGUUGCGUUGAAUCAACGCGGCGCGAUGCGCCGGCGAGCAAAGCGAUGGAGAGAGAAACACCAUGACGACGCGCACAAUACCGAAUUACCAAUACGAGUGUCCGAAUAGCGGCGAGGACAGCGAGGAGGAUGUAAUAACCGAUUACCUUGGUUCAUCGCAUUCCGACUGCGAUCGCGUGCCUAUCAUUAAUGGGGAUCUGCGCGGCCUGAGUCUGCACGGCGGCAUAGUCACAGAGACCGGCUACAACACCAAAGACAAUACCGACAAAACGGCGAUCACCAUGUCAUCCGAGGGCGGCGACGUGCAGCACCAUCACCAGCAACAGCAGCAGCAGCAGCAACAUCCGUUGCUCGCACUCGGCACUAAUAUACAAGCCCAGCCUAAUCCUCUGGUGCCCAUCAUUAGCGUCACACCACACUCGCCCGGUCUGGCUAAGAACUACCCAGUCUUAGAGGAAAACUUGCAACAGCUGCAUGAGAUCCACGACUGUAUCCAGCGUAUGCGGGACCUGACGUUGGGCACUCUGGGAUUCCACAAUCGCGCGUCCAAUAGCAGCGCUGUGCAGAGAUUGACUUCUUCUUGCCCAUCACUGUGCCCACUGACUUCGGCCGAGCUCGCGCCUCGCUUUGGCAAUCAUCAUCACGACACCAGCUCUGACCCAGACCUUCUUCUCAUCAAUUGCUCCACCAACAGCUCCCCGACGCACUUCCCAUCGACGGGUCACUCUCGCUCGCAACGUGUGCAAGGUAUAGACAGAAGGCGCAGCUGGACCGGCGACCUGGAGGAUCUGGAGGAAAGCCGACACGGCCGUCGCCGAUACUCCGGACAGACUCAUCUGCAGGCCCAAAACAUGGUUAAUAUAGUGCGUUACUUGAAACCAGGGCACGGAUCCGGUUCGAUCUCGCGACAACGCAGCAUUAGUUUAAGUAGCCUAGACAGCGAAAACGAGCUAGAAUUAGAUGGGAAAUCGUGUACUGGACCUGUAGGCGUAGGCAAUCGGGCAUGCAGGUCACAGACGAGCACUCACUCACUGAACGAAGCCGAUCUUGUACAGAGCGAAUAUCAGAAGAUAGUCACAAAGAGGGGUAGUCAGAGAUUAGCAGAAAGUAGCAGUUUAAUGCCAGGGCUGACUGGUUCGCGAUUACCUCUUCAGAAAUCCAUAUCGACGCCCUCCAUCGUUACACCGCAGGUUCAUGCGCAUUUAGCCGAAACCGGGACUCGGACAACAACUUCACUGGCAGUCCGUCAUGAAAGAAACGAAAAGGGUAGUGGAAGUGAGACAGAAACCGAAGAUCUUCAUACAACACACAGCCAUGAAUUCCACGAAGACCGAGAGGGCACCCCGAGUGCCCAGAUAUCCCUUGACGAGCUCUUGACCGAUGGUACCGCGUACGAUGAUCAUCAUUCCGAAAAGACUAGAAGGAAGCGUGGCUCUAUCUUCUUCCGUAAGAAAAAGGAUAAAAGCGGGAAAAAGUCUAGUCAGCAACAUCUAUGGGUAACAAUGGCGGUGGGGACUCAGGGAAGCUUGCUGUGCGAUGUUUGUAUGAAACAUUCGACGAAUAAACCGCUCCUUCAUUGUGACAAUUGCGGAGCGUCGGUUCACCAGAGUCAGGCGUGUAAAGAUCAAUUAGUGCUCGAGUGCAUCAAGUCCAAGCAUCAUUCCGGCAAAUCGGCAGCCAAGUCUUCGUCGAACGCCUCUACGUUUUCGAGUAGCAGUAGCAUGAACAAACGCGGUUCCACGACAUCGUUACCCAUGCCGACGUCAUCCGGAAGCGGAAGGGAAAUUAACAGCCACAAGAAAACCGUGUCAAGCUACAGCCCUUGGCGGCGAGUCGCCACUAAGCUUGGAGUCAAUCAAACGAUUAACGAAGAGAAAGAUGCCGAGGGCGGGCAACAUCGUGAUCUUCCCAGUGGAUGGGAAGAAUUUGAUUUUGGGGAUGAUGUUCAUCAGUUUACUGUGGGGGAUCUCGAGGAGAUAGAACCCGAGUUGGCGCUGGGAAAGGAAGAGCCUGACUCUUGGAGCUCCGCCAUCGGGCGUAACGUUGCGCUGCGCCUCGUCGAUCAUUGCGAGCGCGAGGUGAAAAGGCAGGAGCACGUGUACGAGUUCGUACUCACGGAGAAGCAUCACUGCCUGGUGCUGCUCGCCAUGGAGAAGAUCUUCGCUGAAGGACUGCGACGACACUUUCGUCUGGGUCAGCCGGAUCUCGAGCGCAUGUUUCCCCGGCUGCGGGAUCUGAUCGAUAUCCAUCUGCGGUUUCUGCAGAAGCUGCGGAAACGGCAGAGCAGCAAUCCCGUGGUUCUUACCAUCGCCGAUAUUCUGGUCGAGCAAUUCUCAGGCGACAACGCGCAACGCAUGAAGAGCGCGUACGGGGAAUUCUGUAGCCGCCACAGGGACGCCGUCGAAGCGUACAAAUAUUACUUGCGCAACGAUACUCGCUUCGCCCGUUUCGUGCGGCAUUGUCAGACGAAUCCUGUGUUAAAGAAGAAGGGUAUACCCGAGUGCAUACUUUUCGUUACCCAACGUUUGACGAAGUACCCACUGCUGGUCGAACCACUCAUAAAAACUGGUAGAGCACAAGACGAGAGCGAAGACUUGCGUAAAGCGCUGACCCUUGUUAAAGAGAUUUUAGCCGAUGUAGAUGCCUGCGUAGCCGACAAGGAGCGAGAAGAUAGAAAAUUAGAAAUAUACAAUAAGAUCGACGCGAAGUCAUUCGCGACGUAUCGUGGUGCCAAAUUCAAGAAAUCAGACAUAAUCAACAGAAUCUUGAAGUUCGAGGGUACCGCAUUAAUGCAGAGUCGUGGCAAAAUGACUGCCAUCGUAGUGGUCGUUCUCUCAGACAUAUUGUUUUUCUUGGCUGAGAGAGAUCAGAAAUACGCGUUCUACGUGCCUGACAAUAAAGCUGGUAUAGUAUCGCUACAAAAGCUGCUGGUCCGUGAGAAGGCUGGUCAAGAGUCUAGCAUUUAUCUAAUAAGCAGCAACCCGGCCGAGCCGGAGAUGUUUGAACUGAAGAUACAGAAGCCAAAAGACAAACAGUUGUGGAUACAGGCUGUUAGAUCGGCGGUCGAGGCUUGCCCGCAGGAGUCCGAAAACGAGGCCGGCAAGCUGACUGAAAAUAACGAAUUGCGAGACACUCGCUCCUCUUCGAUUUCGCUGGUCUCUGCCGAGGAGAAACAGCGUAUCACCAAGGCUAAAGAGUCGCUAAUACUUAAAAUUAUCGGCGAAUUGCGAAAGAAGGACACGGAGCAAGCGUUGCUGUUCGAAGAAAAGAUCAAUCUGCAAAUGCGGCUUUUACAAGCGGCGAAUAUCUGGGGCGGCAACGAGAAUGAAAACGAGAAGCUUGAGAAACUGGAGAAGGAAAGUGCCGAUUAUACCCGGUUACUGCACAACGAAGGGACUGACACUACUCAAUUAUGGCAGGAGGUAGUGGUGGCUGUACAAGAAGCAACGCGUCUCGCCAGCUCGCUGUCGUUUGGCGCGAGCGGUGCUACUCUGUCGAGGAGUUUAAGCUCCGCUGGUGAACGCCACAGCGAAGCUUACGUGCCAGCAGCUCUUUGCAUCCCUCGCCGGGCCGAGACAUUCGCCGGUUUCGAUCACAAUAAGGAGAGGCAUCCAUUGCGCGACUCGAAUGUGUUGCACACCAUGAUUCCCGUUCCGAAGCUUGGCGAGCCAUCGAAGGAGAAUUCUCCCGACGAGAAGGAAGCUCAGGAAGGUGUGGAGUCGAACAAAGAUCAGCAAUGGGCGGCGAUACGUUUGUCUCAUCACGUUUAUACGUUACUUUGUAUAAUAAAUAAUCAGAUGACGACGAUUGACAGCCUACAAGCGCAACUGGUCGCAUACAAGGAGGGCAGCAUGGGCAAAUCUAGCAAUAGUCGACCGAAUCCGAACCGUCAGCUGGAGGAGCUGCGAAAUUUGCAGGAUCAACUCUGUAGGGAGAAGGCAGCGUUCCGUGCUACAUCCCAACAGGAGAAGACUCAGUUAGAGGAGGAACGCACCGAGCUGGCGCGGCAAAGGGAGCAAUUGGCCGCGGAGCAGCGGGACGUGACGCAGCAACGGGAUCAGUUGUACCGACGGCUCGAAGCGUUGGAACGACAGGGCGUCACGUUGGUCGGCAGUUCGACCACCGGUUCGACAACAAUCCAUCUGUCCCACUUGACGCAAAACACCGACACGAUGCAGCAGAUCGCACGCAGCAAGACGCAGCAGGUCGACGCCAAGCGCAUACCCAUGAAUCUAAUCAGCGCGACGAAUCAGCAGAAGGUGCAGAGCAACUUGCCGGUGAAACAACAGUUGCCGCUGAAACUCGCCAGCGGGAGUAACAACAACACAAGAAGCGGCAGCACCGCCAGUAACAACAGCCCGGACCGACACUCGAGGACAGGUAGCAGCCCCGCGAUCGUCACCAGCUCCGCAUACUCGUCACCGGAGCUCGGCAACAGCCACCACCACGGCAUUAGUCACUCGCAACCGUCGAAUCGCUCGCUCCGCAUCACUCGUUCGCCACCCGACACCUCGUAUUCACAUCAGCAGCAACGGAACGUUGAUUUGCAGCCGGCGCAGCAGCAACAACCGCAACAGCAGCAACAGCCGCUGGAGGAGGAGGUGAUCUUUUUCUGACGAUUCUUUCGAUUCGGUCGCAAGCACUCGUCCCGUUCACGCGCCGCCGCCUCCACCGCCGGCACGGCUACGCCGACCUCCAGCCAAUCGCCGUCGCGCCAAUCGAGAAACAGUCAGCAGCCCCGCAACCGCGUCAAGUCCUUUUGACUUUCAACGUAAAACUGCUUGUGGUAACGCGAUCUCUACUUUACCCAUUGCUUCGCGAACACACUUCGCUUACCCCGCCUUUUCUCGCUUAUCUCAUAAUCUUCGAGCAGUCUCCGCGUCUUCUUCUUCUGUCAUCCUCAUAUCUCGCUAUUCCUUCGUUAUGGAUUUAAUUGUUUUCACAAUGAGAUGCAUCUACAGCUGUCCGCCUCUCGAGAUCUGAUCGCAUCUAAUUUUUGUUGCAUCAGCACGACGUUUCAUCUCUUGUCCAUGUAUCAUGACGACGCGCAUACAACAUCGUUGAUAUAAAUGCGAGCGAUUACUCUCAUUGUCCGUAUAGUUGGAAGACAAAAAAGAAGUGUAAUACCGUUACGUUUCAACUGCUACAAUUGAUGGCAAUAAUAUCAUUUUUAUCAAAUUUCACGAGACUCAUGGUAAGAAAGGGACAUGUUAAGAGUAAAAUACAGUUUCUAUUAGUAACAAUCAGAGACGUUGGGACACACUAAGGAAGAGAACGAGAAAGAGAAAGAGAGAGAGAGAGAGAGAAAAAAAGGAAGAGAAAGUAUUAAUGGCCGGCUUAGCAAAGUAGAUCAGCCGAUCUUGUUGAAUUCUUGCUCGUUACGUUAUUAAGCCGACUGACAGUUUUAGAAACACAAGAUUUUAGACGAAUCUUUUAAGCAAAACUGUUGCUGCUUGCAAACAGAUGCAAGGUAGAUAAAUACAUAUAUAUAUUAUGGUUACAUAUACAUGAAUGUGUAUAUGUAUAUAUACACACGCAUAUAUACACUUUUUCAUAAGCAUGCGUGCACACAUGUGAGUACGAGUGUCUAUAUCUAAGCACGAAUGUGUAAAUGUGCGUGUAUGCAUGUACAGGUGCAUACGUGUGCGUGUACGUAUGCUGUACAAGUUUUCUCUCGCGAACUCGUGCACGCACGCGUAUCUAGUUUGAAUUUUCUGUGUGAAUGCAUGCGAUUGCGAAUGCGUGAGUGUGUGUGUCUGUGUGUGUGGGGAGUGAGUCUACGGUAGCUACUCUUAUAUCGUAAUUAUUAAAGUAUUUUAUGUGCUAAAGAAAGACAGAUAAGAUCUAUCCUUAACGAUAGUAAUGUUAAUAAUAGUAAUGAUGUGAACUGUACUGUUAUUACUACGUGUGCCAAGUCGCUGAUCGAAAAAAUUGAUAAUAUUUCAUUCUGUUUUUUUUUUUUUCGAAUGCUUUACAAACGAUUCCGCGUGCGCGAGUAAUAUCAUUGUACACGACAGACAAUCUUGGUUCUUCCUCACGAACGAAACGAGUACGACGCGUACAGUUGAAGGAUCCAUAUAUAUUUCGACAAUUUAUUUCGAGAUUAUUCACUGCCAUUAUUGUUGUUCUUUGUCGAGCGUCUUUUUAUCCCUCGUGUUAUUGUCUACGAUCCGUUUUAUUUAUUGCAUUGUGUAAGAUCGAUGAUGAUAGUUCGCGUGGGACUUACGCGAAACGCGGGAAAGCUGCGUCGUUUGUUACACGAGAAUGUAAAAAGCGGCCGUUCCGCGUGCACGUUGCGAGUUCGCAUGUUGGUUCUCGCAGAUUUUCUAUUCCGUAUUCCUGUCUGUAUGUAUUUUAUUUGUAUAUCGCAUUUAUCAACGAAGGAAGUUCCCGAGUACCGCGUGGUGGGCGUUAGGACCUUUAAAUCACGCAAGAAGUACGGUCAUACUGCACGUUGGAGCCAAUUCGUUAUUUCUGUACGGCGCAGAUGUUGUAGUAUUUUAGUAUAUUUUAGCGAGACGAUCGCCGCAUUGUCGAAAACGUUCUCGUCCCUCGAAUUCGAAAAAAAUGGCAAGGAAAAUUGCGACUACCGUGUCACACGUAAAAUGUAUCGUUGUGAUGGUUGUCAAUGUCGUAUCCGAAUUAUGGAUUCCUAAAAAUCAGUUUAUAAAUAGUAUAUAGUAUUAUAACUGUGUAAAUAUACAUUCCUUAUGCAGAUAAGACUGGCGUGCAAUAUGAUCGAAUCGCAAGAUAGGUAACAGCUUCGUCGGGGCACGAUGAAUAAGAACGACUAAUGAAUAAACCUCGUUAAGAGAACUUAAGUAAUAACUACUACCAAUCGUCUCAAUCAAUCGUGGUGACAAUAGAUCUUAAAGUAUUCUAUAAGAUAUAUCAAGUUACGUGGAAGAAAAGAAAAAAAACAUAAGUGACGUUUUAUUACUACGAGUCUACUUGCUAUUACUACUACUAUUAUUAAUCUACUAUUACUACUUACUACUACUACUACUACUGCUACUAUUAUUACUUACUGCUACUGCGAUGCCGAGAGUGCACAAGCUCACAAGGAUGAUAUUGCAAUUAGCUGUUAUAUAGCGUCUUUCACGGAUAAGUGUUCGACUUCGUCGCGGGGGUAGCAUGAUCCAACUGCAUAACUGGCAGGUGUAAAGAAAAAAAACAGCUUAUCUCAAACUCGGAAAGUUUAUUUCAAACGUGAUUUAACAUUUAAGAAAUCUCUUCGCAUAUUCGUGACACUCGAAACGCAGUUGAAGGCUACGAUAUAACAAAGCGGAUCAGCGGAUGUCGCGCUGCACGGAAAAACACAGUCGCUUCGACUCUGCCUCCUUUCUGUUGAAUGAUUAAUCUUAUGCUCCGGCUUGAAAUCCGUAAUGAAAUGAAGUCGCACACGGUCCCAUGAUAACAACACGCGAAGAAUCAAAUCGGUAACAGCUAAAGAAUAGCGUGACGGCCUAUGCGCGUCUCGUGGCGUUUUCUUUCUUUGUUUCUUCAAGGAUAACGUCACGUGGCAACGCAAAGUUUGA